UUUGGCUUCUUCUUCUUCUUCUUUACCUUUUCUCUUUCAGUUCACUUCUCUUCAGUUCUCAUCCUUAAACCCCAAAACCCCAAAACCCUUUCUCUAACAAAAAGCUCAAAUCCCCACUUUCUCAGAAAAUGAAUUCCAGAAAACCCAACAAUUCCCAAACUUUCUCACCUCCCAAACAACCCCCUCAACUCAACCUCCAACAAGCCUUCACCACCUUUCACCACAACUGCUCUAAUCUCUUCCACCAAUUCUCCCAACUCCCCAAAAACCCAUCUUUCCUCAAAACCCAUCUCCAAACCACUCUCUCCCACCUCCAAACCGCAUUUUCCAAACGAAUUCCCCAUUUGGAACAGUUUUCUUCAUCUGGGUCUCCCAACCCAGUUUGGGCUAGAAUUUCCACAAACAAUGAAUCCAAUUCUCGCCCUCGCCGGCCUCCGCCACCGCGAGCUGGAAUGUCUAUUGAGGCCAUUGAGGAGCGGUUAGCUGGAAUUCCUGUCUAUGCUCUUAGCAAUUCGGCUGAUGAGUUUGUGUUGGUUUCGGGGACUUCUUCUGGGAAGUCUCUUGGGUUGUUUUGUUUCAAGAAAGAGGAUGCUGAGGCUCUUCUUGGGCAGAUUGAGAGUUUGGAUCCUGGAAUGAGGAAUGGGUCCAAAGUUGUGCCUGUUGCUUUGAAUAAGGUUUUUCAGCUCAAAGUUGAUGGUGUUUCGUUUAGGUUGAUUCCUGAGACUUCUCAAGUUAAGAAUGCACUUAUGGAGAGAGAAAAGGCUGGUAUUUCUGAUGAUGGUUUCCCUGGGGUUCCAGUUUUCCAGUCGAGGAGCUUAAUUCUACGAAGCCAAAAUAAGAGCUAUCACCCUGCAUUUUUCAGAAAGGAGGAUUUGGAAAAAUCGAUGAUAAGAGCUUCUCGCGAGCAGGGUAAGUUAAAUCCCGGGUUCAAACCAGGAGCAGUUGAGGUUGCUGUUCUUGAAGAUGUAAUAAAGGGAAUGAAGGAGAGCUCUACAUCACAGUGGGAUGAUAUUGUUUUCAUACCGCCUGGAUUCGACGUCUCUACCAAUCCUACCGAAGAAGACAACACGAAAUGAGUAUUUUUAUUACAAGUAAGUUAGUAGGCAAUGACAUCUCUUUCACAAGCUCAUGAUGAUCAAGUUUGUACAAAAAGAAAACAAACAAAACUUAAAAGUUAUGUGUUUCUUUCUAUAUGUUGUUAUUGUUGAGUUAGUUGAUAUGCUUACACAAAGGAAAGGAAUAUCACUAAGUUAGGGAAUUAGAUUUAAUGUGUAUCUACCCAAUUUGCACUCACACUAUUUCAAGUAAUAUGUAUGAAUCUCUUCUUCUUAUAAUUAUUAUUGUCUUCCUCCUCC